AUGUACAAUACGGACUCACCUUCAUAUCCAAGGGGGGGGUCUUAUAUAGAUUUAGUUUUAGCCGAUACUAGGUUAGACCUUCAAACAAAUAGAGCAGGAAGCUUGAAUACACUGGCUAUAGACAGUGACCACCGGGCAAUCUCCUUUCAGGUCUCUUUUCUUAGCGAUGAAUUGGAAUUUAACUCUGAAAUAAAACAAAACCUAAACUAUAACAAAGCUGAUUGGGACAAGUUCCAAGAAUUACUCUCGUUGGACAAAUUAGUUAUACCUAAUAAUAGAAAUCUAAGUAUCAAAGAAAUAGAUGAAUACAUAAUGGAGCUAGAAACAAGCAUAAAAAGUGCAAUGAAUGCAUCAAUACCCCAAGUCAAAAACACGAAUUCUGUUGAUAAAUACAUGAACUCAAAAAUUAAAAAGUUACAAAAACAGAAAAAUUUCAUUGUCUCUCUAAUUCAUCGUUGGGAAAGGAAAUUUAGGCCCAUAAACACGGAAAUCAAACUUCUAAAAUCUUUACUUAAGGACCUAAAGAUAGAACUUAGACAUGAAAUAACCGCUUCCAUGAACUUUUACUGGGAAAAGAGAGUGGGAAACAUCACACAUUCGGAUCCUAAAAAACUAUUCCCAGAAAUCAAUAGGAUGUUCCGUCAUAAGAACCAGCUAGAAAUUCCCUGUCUUCGGAUACCUGAAAAAGAAAAACAAUUAUUAGAACUGGCGAACAUCAACAUAAAGAAAUUGUCAAGAGACUCUAAUAACAGCUAUCUAAUUCAAGAUGCAGAACAGAAGCUAGAUAUCCUGGGCUCACAUUUUGCCACAAUCAACAAUCAAAAUGAUAAUUUAGGUAAACCCAGGCUAAACGAAAUCAUCCUAAAAGAAACCGGCUUGUUAAGAGAUGAAAUGGAGUCAGAUAAUAUAAACAAUCACACCUUUUGCUCAUUCAAUGAUGAUAAUAUAGCUGAAGGGCCCUCAGUCCAAACACCCUGUUCAUUAUCUCAUUACUUCACAAAUUCAACUAUAGUAUCAAAGAAAUUCAAAUAUCUUAACAAUAAAAAAUCUUCAGGUUUAGAUAAUAUUCCUAACAUUGCCUUAAAGCACAUUCCACCAAAAAUAAUAUAUUUGUAUACAAUCCUGUUUAAUAACAUGAUCAAUCACUCAUACUUCCCUCAAAGAUGGAAAGAAGCUAAAGUUCUUGCAAUUCCAAAAAAAGAUAAAGAUAAAGAGUUACUAGGAAGCUAUAGGCCCAUCAGUUUACUCCCAAAUAUAGGUAAAAUAUAUGAAAUGAUCAUAAAUGAUAUUAUCACUUCGUUUUGUACCAAAAAUAACUUACUCCCAGAAAACCAAUUUGGCUUCCGAGCCCGUCACUCCACCAUUCAUGCAAUUAACAAGUUGGUUUCCGAUGUUAAUUGGGCCUUGAAUAACGACGAUUGCCUUGGGGCCUGUAUGGUAGAUCUAGAAAAAGCUUUCGAUACAGUCUGGCACGAAGGUCUAAUCUUCAGAUUGAUAAAGAGAAAAGUCCCUGUAGUACUAAUUAAACUCAUCGCAGGGUACAAUAAACUCACCUUUGUUGUUCAACUUAUAUACAGCUGAACUCCUCCGUCUUUAUGGCCCUAGCAACACAAAAUGUACAUUACUUGCGUACGCCGACGACUUGAUUGUCUACUUCGCGAACAGGAAACCUGAAACAAUAAAGCAUACGCUACAAGCAGCAAUUGAUAAGAUCUUCGAUUACUAUAGUACCUGGAAACUCAGAGUUAAUGUAAAUAAAUGUGAGACUAUCCUAUUUAGGCCCUCUAUAAAGAAAGCUAAGUACCCUAUUACUAAGCAAUACAAAAAAUUCAAUUUGAUUUCCACUAAUUAUGAUAAUAAACAAAUCUGUCAUAAAAAUGUAGUCAAAUACCUAGGAAUUCACCUCGAUGAAAGACUCCUAUUUGAUAAACAUGUGGAUACACAGCUCACGAAAGCCAAAAAAACCUUCAUAGGUCUAGGUAGACUUUUCUAUUCAAAGAUCUUGAACAGUAAAGUAAAAAUUAUUUGCUUCCAAACGCUUAUACGCCCCAUAAUAACAUACGGCUGCCAAAUAUGGUACAAUAUAAGCGCGUCACAAAUGGAACAAAUCAGAGUCUUCGAAAGAAAAUGUUUGAGGGCAUGCCUCGGUAAAUAUAGAUCCAGCGAAACUAAUUAUCAAAAAUAUCUAAAAAAUAAAAUAAUAUAUAAUCUAGCAAAUGUGCAUAGAAUAGAUAACUUUAUCAUAAAAAUAAUUAGAAACUACUUUGCCGAUACCUCGAAGAUCUCAGAGAAUAGUUUAAUUUUCCCAAUUCCUUAUGCGGACGAAAUGUAUAUAAGAAAUACCCUAGAAACAGGAUUCGUGCCUCCUGAGGCUUUCCCUUUUCUAGAUAGUCAAGGUUUCAUUCAAGACAAAAGGAUGGUUCCAAUAAUAUAUCAUAUUCCUAGACGUAAGAACAAAAAAAUUAUUACUUUUCCCCCUAAUAUUGAUAGCGGCGAUAUAAAUACAAAACUAACAUAUAACUUAG